GUCCACAGAGGUCUCCGGCGCUCGCCGAGUCAAGUUUGUCAUCUCUUGGUUAUCCGAUUUCCCACUGCAACUUCAGAUGAAAAGGGCUUCAUCACUUCCAUGUAACAUUGUACCCUACUUCCAUGCAACAUAUGUGUGUCGCUUUUCCGGUUGUCGGAUGACACUUAGACGCUGGGGGUCGUUUACCUCAAAUGAGUGUUGGAUUGCAAUUGGUUGGGAUGGAUACCAUCGGUCGUCCCGCCCUCUGCUGCUACCGCUACUAUAAGAACAAACCUUACCCAAAUCGCGGCCCAAUCCACGGUGUCAAGAUCAGAAUUUUCGACCUCGGCCGGAAGCGUGCCUCUGGAUGGUAUGAGGAGCUGAGUUCCCAGGCGCCUGAAGUAGCUCGCAUCUGCGCCAACAAGUCCGUGACCAAGACAUCAGGCAAGGACUCAUUCUACAUGUGUGUCCGAGUCUACCCAUUUCACAUCAUCAUCUUCAUCAACAAGAUGUUGAGUUACGCGGAUGCUGAUAGGUUCACGACUCGGGCUUCAUGCUGGUAUACGCGGUGCUGGGGGAAGCUUUACGAUACUGUCGCGCGGGUAAACAUCGGAGAGAUAAUCCUCCCUAUCUGUUACAAGGAACUGAAUGCUGUGGUCACACAGGAAGCUCUCCGCCGUGCACGGUACAAGUUCCCAGGCUAG